AUGCAGUUCCUACCCACGCUUGUGCUGCUGGCCCAGUGCCCAGACAAUGUGGUGUGUAUGCUUCCGCUGAGAUCCUUCAAGCUCCGCCUUCUUCUUGCCUCCGCAGUGGAUCCGGUCGCGCUCCAGGACAUUCACGACGACCUUCCCACCCUGGCCGAGUUCGUCGACAGUCUCCGUCAUCUCGCCUCCCUCAUCCCCAUUGGCCUCCACCUGGCUCGCUCCACCCAGGAGAACCAGACUAUCAUUGACCAUCUUUCUGUUCCGGUUCUCUCCGGCUUUCUCCAGCGGCUCACUAUGCCUGCUGUCAAGCCAGUGACCCCCGUGGACGCUGCUCCUGCCGGCCUGGCCCCUACCCGGACCCCUACUGCUCCUCUCGACCUCGAGAAGAUUGCUCUGAGCCCAGACGUUUUUGAUCAUUCACCUAUUUUCACUCUCAAGACCCACACCAGCUUCUCCAGCGUUGGGUCUUCUUCUCUCACCGGCUCGGCCUCUAGCUGUACUACCAUGGUAAGCUCGCCCACCUGGAACGCCAAGGUCUCCAGAUCCCACCUUGCCGAGCUGCUGGACGAACCUUUGGCCUCCAGCACCAUGUUCACGUUUGAGAACGAAAUCAAGCAGCUCGUCAACGAGCCCUCAGCCGUAUUCCUCCUGUCUCUAGCCAAGGCUCAGCUCUCGCCCAUGAAGACCCACAUUGAGCUCUGCCCUCAUGCUUCUCUUGACGAGUGCAGCUCCGACUGCCUCAAUAAGGUCCGAUUCGUGCCUCAGAUCAUGGCACACACCGAGCGGCCCCUGGAGGACUGCUCAUAUCUGGACAAGUGCUACAAGUCCAAAAGUUGCCGGUUUCUCCACUACCAGGUCAAGAUGCCUGACUACUCCAGCUCUCCCCAGCGACAAAACCGGGCCAAGAACCACAACAGUGCCCCCGUGGAGCAGCCGCGGUCCUACUUUUACUCCACGGACCCCAUGCUCUCUGUCGUACUACCUCCGCAGUGGAUCACCUGCAACCUCAAGGAGAUUGGGCUUCCCGUUUUCGGCGACUUCGCAGCCAUCAUUGCAGACCCUCCCUGGGACAUUCACAUGAACUCGCAGAAGCUCAUUAUCAAUGACAGUGACCUACAGGCUCUCGACAUGGGCUGCCUACAGAAGGAGGGCGUGUUUCUGCUGUGGGUCACGGGCCGAACCUCCGAGGUUGGUCGCAAGUGCCUCGCUAAGUGGGGCUACACCGACGUCCAGGAGAUUGUCUGGUGCAAGACCAACCAGCUUGGACGAACCAUCUGUACUGGCCGGACCGGACACUGGCUCAACCACUCCAAGGAGCACGUCCUGAUCGGCGUCAAGGGCAACCCCGAGUGGCUGACCCGGGGUCUUGACGUGGACACAGUCGUCUCCAACGCUCGAGACAAGAGCCAGAAGCCUGACGAGCUCUACGACAUUGUCGAGCGAAUGGUGGGCAAGUCUUGCCGAAAGCUGGAACUGUUUGGGCGUGAGAACAAUCUCCGGCCCGGCUGGCUAACAGUGGGUAGCCAGCUUAACGGAGUUAACAUUUUGGAGCCUGAUCUCGCCGAGCGGUACGAGCGGUGGCGAGUGGCUCACCAGGUCGCAAUCCCCGGUGACCAGCGUGAAGGACACGCUCCGCCCAAGGAACGAGAGCAGCGUGAACUUCUCAGCAAGGGCGGCCACUCCUCUGGCCACCACAACGGUAAGGACUCUCCUGGUCGCAACAACAAUAAGUCCCGAGGCAUGGGGCGACGACGGCGAUCUUGA